GCCGGGCAUGGCGGGCGUGAGCUACUCGCCGCCCUGGUGGGUGAGCCUGCUGCACCGCCUGCCGCACUUCAGCCUGCGCUGGGAGCCCACGGCCGCCGACUUCCGCCCGGAGGACGCCGAGUACCAGCAGGCCCUGUUGCUGUUGGGUGGUGUUGCCCUGUCCUGCCUUGCUUUGGAUCUCCUCUUCCUCCUGUUCUACUCAUUCUGGCUGUGCUGCCGCCAUCGGAAAAGUGAAGAGCACUUAAAUGCAGACUGCUGCUGCACUGCCUGGUGUGUGAUCAUAGCCACCCUAGUGUGCAGUGCUGGCAUUGCUGUUGGCUUCUAUGGAAAUGGGGAAACCAGCGAUGGCAUCCACCGGCUUACAUACUCACUAAGACAUGCUAACCGCACUGUGGCCGGUGUCCAGGACCGGGUGCUGGACACGGCAGUGGCCCUGAAUCAAACUGUGGAACCCAAUCUCCUGGUCCUAGAGGAGAUGUUCGCAAAACAAACAGAUUACCUGCAUGUUGUCCAGAAACUCCAGGGCCUCUUGGAUGACCUGGUCAGGCAAACCACUGAGAUCCCAUUCUGGAAAAAUGAAGAAUUGUCAUUAGAGGACCUGGCCACUCGGGUUGAUCUGUAUGACUGGUACAGGUGGCUAGGAUACCUGGGCCUACUUCUGUUCCAUGUCCUGAUCUGUUUGCUGGUGCUCUUUGGGCUAAUUAGGAACUCCAGAGCCAUUCUUAUGGGGGUCUGCUUUCUAGGAGUGUUUGCCCUGAUUGUUAGCUGGGGAUCCUUGGGCUUGGAACUGGCUGUUGCUGUGGGCUCCAGUGACUUCUGUGUGAAUCCAGAUGUCUAUGUCUCCAAAGUGGUGGAAGAUCAUGCAGUGCUUAGUACUGAUACCCUGCGCUAUUAUAUUGCCUGUAGUGCUGGAUACCCAAAUCCCUUCCAGCAGAAGCUGUCAGGAAGUCAUAAGGCCCUGGUGGAAAUGCAGGAUGAUGUGCUGGAACUCAUGAGGUCAACCAGCAGAGAAUACCCCACCUCCAAGGAAUAUCUGAUCCGCAUCCAGGAGGUCCUAAAUGCCACAGAGAUCAAUUUGCAGCACCUGACUGCACUGGUUGAUUGUCGCAGUCUACAUCUGGACUAUGUCCAGGCUCUGACAGGCUUCUGCUACGAUGGAGUGGAGGGGCUCAUCUACCUGGUUCUCUUCUCCUUUGUCACUGCUCUCAUGUUCAGUUCCAUUGUGUGCAGUGUCCCGCACACGUGGCAACAGAAGAGGAGUUCAGAUGAUGACGGGGAGGAAGAGUCUGCUGCUCAAGGGAACAGACAAACCCAUGAUAAUCUGUACAGGGUGCAUAUGCCCAGCCUCUACAGCUGUGGGAGUAGCUAUGGCAGUGAGACCAGCAUCCCAGCAGCAGCUCACACAGUCAGCAAUGCUCCUGUCACAGAGUACAUGAGCCAGAAUGCAAACUUCCAGAACCCCCGUUGUGAGAACACCCCUCUGAUUGGCUGGGAGUCCCCACCUCCCUCAUUGUAUUUGGCUGCCAUGGACAGUAGCAGCCAUAUGAGCUGGCAGUUUAAGCCCUCGGACAGUGCACGGACGUACUGGUAACAGCGCCCACAAAUGGAACAGUACACCUCCAGCAUGAGAGCCAAAUACCUCGCCACCAACCAACCUCGCCCAGACUCUGGCAGUGUGCAUUAAAAAUAACACACAGUAAACUAAACAGAUGUGCCAACUGCUGUGCCCCCCACCUGUGCUGUCCUCAACCCUGCUGUCCUGCCCCAAACCCAGCGCAGAUCCUCCUCCUCCUCCUCCUCCUCCUCCUCCUGCUUCUCCAGUACAAAUCACCCCUCCAACCUGGUACCUGUCUAUUGGGAAUCUGAAUGGAUGCCCCUUCCAAAUUAAACCUACACCUAGCUGUACCUGGUAGGGGAAGGAAGAGAGAGAGAAUGAGCAUGCACAUGCAAGCAUCUGAAAAAAAGA